UUUCCUCGAUUCUUAGCUUCUGGGUACUUCAAAUCUCUCUCUCUCCUUCACGGGUUCUUCCAAAUUUCCAUACUUUUUACCUUGUUUCCUGCGAAAAAAAGCUAUCUUUUUUUUAUUUGUGACCCUACAUUGAUAUAUGACUCAACUGCUGAAAAAUUGAUACUUUGCCUAGAUUCCAUCAUUUAUUGUUUCUUGGGUUAAUCAAUCACCACUUUUUAGCAAAAACCCUGAAAUCGAAUCAGUUUUUUCUCUGUAAAUUUCAUUUCUUUUCUGCAGAAAUUAGCCUAUUUGAGCUCAGUUUCGUGUAUUUGUGCAGAUUUUGGUGAAAGGAUUUGAAAUGGCGGUGUCGCUUUUAUCGAAACUACGGUGUAUAACAGUAGAUGUUACUGGUACACUUAUAGCUUACAAAGGAGAGCUUGGUGAUUACUAUUGUAUGGCUGCUAAAGCCAUUGGUUUGCCUUGUCCUGAUUAUAAACGAGUUCAUGAAGGUUUUAAACUAGCUUAUACAGAUAUGGCACAAAAGUAUCCUUGUUUCGGUUUCCAUGCCAAAAUGCCAAACAUUGUUUGGUGGAAAACUUGUGUGAGAGAUUCAUUUGUCAAGGCAGGAUAUGAGUAUGAUGAGGAGACAUUUGAGAAGAUAUUUAGGAGAAUCUAUUCGACGUUUGGUUCUGCUGCACCUUACUCUGUGUUUCAAGAUUCUCAACCGUUUUUAAGAUGGGCACGCAGGAAAGGUCUUAUAGUCGGACUUGUUAGCAAUGCGGAAUACCGAUAUCAAGAAGUUAUUUUACCUUCCUUCGGUUUGAGCAAGGCAGAGUGGGAUUUUGGUGUAUUCUCUGGAAUUGAAGGGAUAGAGAAACCAGAUCCGAGGAUUUUUACGCUCGCGCUAGAGAGAGCCGGGAAUAAUAUUGCGCCUGAAGAGGUUUUGCAUAUUGGAGACAGCAUGCGCAAAGAUUAUGUUCCAGCAAAGAGUAUUGGGAUGCAUGCUUUGUUGGUUGAUAGGUUUAAGACGGAAGCUGCUAAAGACUGGAUAGAAGCUGGAGCCAUUGUGCUUCCAGAUUUGGUUGCUGUUCAACAACUUUUGGAGUCUGAUAAGUUGAAAUGUUAAAAUGCAGACCUCUCUUUAAGUAUGAAAUCUAAUGUAUUGUAGUAUUGCACAUUUGAGUAAAAUAAGUUUCAACGGCUUCUUUGGUUACUAUCACAGUAAGGUGCAGGC